CAGAGGGAGUGGUUAAUGGACACACAAGAGUUAACUGGCGGGUGUGACCGGCCCGCCCUCAGGAAGUUACUCACCAGCGGGAAUGCUCUGCCUGGGGCCGGACUGCCUUCCUGAGUCCCAGAAGUAACCGAGGAGCUCCCCGCCAUGGACGCCCCCGGGGAGCCAGGCGCAGGCCCCCCCGGAGCCCCCGGCCCGUCAGACUCUGCGCCCCGGCUCCCGGAGGGAGAGAAGCCCUCCCAGGACCCGCUGUACGACGUGCCCGGAGCCGGCGGCGGGCAGGCCGGCGGGCCCCGGCGGCCGGGACGCGCGGUGAGCCUGCGGGAGCGCCUGCUGCUCACGCGGCCGGUGUGGCUGCAGCUGCGGGCCAACGCGGCCGCCGCGCUGCAUGUGCUGAGGACCGAGCCCCCGGGGACGUUCCUGGUGCGGAAGUCUAACACCCGCCAGUGCCAAGCUCUGUGUGUCCGGCUGCCGGAGGCCGGUGGCCCUUCCUUCGUGUCCAGCCACUACGUCCAGGAGCGCCCCGGGGGCGUCUCCUUGGAGGGAUCCGAGCUCGUCUUCCCGGACCUCGUCCAGCUCAUCUGCGCCUACUGCCACAGCCGGGACAUCCUGCUGCUCCAGCUCCAGCUCCCCCGAGCCAUCCGCCAGGCGGCCACCCACAAGGAGCUGGAGGCCAUCUCCCAUUUAGGCGUCGAGUUCUGGAGCUCCUCCCUCAACGCCAAGGCCCCGCCAGGCCCCUCCGAAGGCCCGCUGCUGCCCCGGCUGAAGCCGCGGUCCCCGCAGGAGCUGGACCAGGGCUCCGGGGCCGCCCUGUGCUUCUUCAACCCCCUGUUCCCGGGGGACCUGGGCCCCACCAAGCGGGAGAAAUUCAAGAGGAGUUUCAAAGUGCGCGUGUCCACAGAGACCUCCAGCCCCCUGUCCCCGCCGGCCGUGCCGCCGCCCCCGGUCCCCGUGCUGCCCGGGGCAGCCUCCGGCCAGGCCACCGAGAGGACGCCCCCUCGACAGCUGCUGCGGAGGGAGAGCUCGGCGGGGUACCGGGUGCCAGGGGGCGCCGGCACCAGCCUCCCGCCCCUGCCCUCCCUGCAGGAGGUGGACUGCGGCUCCCCCAGCAGCUCCGAGGAGGAGGGGGCGGUGCAGGGCCGGCCGGGGAGCCCGGCCACCUCGCCCUGCCUGAGCCGCCGGCGCCGGCCGCUGCUGCGCUCGGUGAGCUCCGCCUUCUGCUCCCUGCUGGCCCCCGAGCGGCAGGUGGGCCGGGCGGCCGCGGCGCUGGUGCAGGACCGCCACUCGGCGGUGGGCCAGCUGGUGCAGGACCUGCUGACCCAGGUGCGCGCCGGCCCCGAGCCCCGGGAGCUGCAGGGGAUCCGGGAGGCGCUGAGCAGGGCCCGGGUCAUGCUGAGCGCCGAGCUGGGCCCUGAGAAGCUGCUGCCGCCCACCAGGCUGGAGCGCGUCCUGGAGAGGUCCCUGCACCGCUCGGUGCUCAAGCCCCUGCGGCCGCUCCUGCUGGCCCGCCUGCGGCGCCGGCUCUCCGCCGACGGCUCCCUGGGCCGCCUGGCCGACGGCUGCCGCCUGGCCCGCGCCCAGGGCCCCGCCGCCUUCGGGUCCCGCCUGAGCCUGCCCGCCCCGGCCGAGACGGAGCAGGUGCGCCAGAAGCUGCUGCAGCUGCUCCGCGCCUACUCACCCAGCGCCCAGGUCAAGCGGCUCCUGCAGGCCUGCAAGCUGCUCUACACGGUCCUGAGGACGCACUUGGGAGAGGGCGCCGGGGCGGACGACUUCCUCCCGCUGCUGAGCCUGGCCCUGGCCCACUGCGACCUCCCCGAGCUGCUGCUGGAGGCGGAGUACAUGUCCGAGCUGCUGGAGCCCGCCCUGCUCACCGGGGAGGGCGGCUACUACCUGACCAGCCUCUCGGCCAGCCUGGCCCUGCUGAGCGGCCUGGGCCGGGCCCCCGCGCUGCCCCUGAGCCCCUCGCAGGAGCUGCAGCGCGCCCUCAGCCUGUGGGAGCAGCGCCGCCCGCCCGCCACCCGCAGCCUCCAGCGCCUCCUCCGGGUGGCCUACCAGGACCCCGGCAGCGGCUGCACCUCCAAGACCCUGGCCGUGCCCCCCGGGGCCUCGAUUGCCACCCUGAACCAGCUCUGUGCCGCCAAGUUCCGGGUGGCCCAGCCGGACGCCUUCGGCCUCUUCCUGUACAAGGAGCAGGACUACCACCGCCUGCCCCCCGCAGCCCCGGCCCACCGGCUGCCCACGGCUGGCUACCUCGUCUACCGCCGCCGGGCGGAGCGGCCGGAGCCCCUGGCCGCCUCCCUGGGGGCAGCAGCGGAGGCGGGCAGCGGGGAGCCAGAGGCGGGAGGCGGGGAGGGGGGCGGGCAGGGAGACGGGGACAUCGAGGCCAAAGCCAGCCCCUGUGACAGUGCUGGGCAGGAGGAGAGCCAGGCGGGGGGAGGCCCUGCUCAGCCAGGCGCGCCGGAGGCUGAGGGAGGCCGGGCAGCAGAGGAGUAGCUGGGAUGGCCGGGGGCACUGGGGGCAGAAAAGGAGCCUGCUGAGAAGGCCUUCCGAGGCCCCAGCCCCCCUCACUCUGAGCUGCCAUGCCUCUGACACUCAUCUCUGCCCGCCUGCGGGGGAAGCGCCUGGACAGCCGCACCUGCGGCCUCGGAGUGAAGAGGGGCCUGGGGGCCCCAGACCAAGGCCCAGGGCCCUCUGCCUCUGCCGCUCUGCCUGGCCGGCCGGCGGCCCUCCACGCUGGGCUUUAAGGCCGUGGAGGACUCCGCCUGCCCCGGGUGUGAGGACUCAGGAGGCAGCAGGGGCUGGGGCCAGCCCUGCUCCAGGCCCCUGGGGGGCUGGACCUCCAAACCCCAGCGCCCUCACAUGCAAAGUGGGGGCGCAGUGCCAGCCUGUCUGCUCCCAGAGCGGAACUAGGCCAGGGGAGAGGGAGGGAGGGAGGUGGGGUGUCCGCCUCGCCCCCUCCAAGGGUCAAGGGUCGUUCGCUGCCCUUGCUGAGGCUGAUCCCCCAGUGGAGACCCCGAGGGCAGGUCCCGCUGGAGGGAGCAGCACCCAGUUCCAUCUUUCCCAGGAUGGACCCUCCUCCCGGGCCUCGGGGCCUCG